GAACACAAACGCCAUCUUGACAGCAGCCUUAAAAUGGCAGAGAAAUGCCAGGGAGAAACCGAGCUACGGACAAGGUUUCUUUUAUUGUUUUGAAUAGAUAGUCCCUUCCCUAAUUGUCUACAAACGUAGCUAGGGGGUUGAUGGCCAGUGAGAGAGCCGAAAGACGUUAAAAUGGAUAUCACAACAGCGGUUUUCAACGCGGCCAGAGAUGGUAAGCUGAAACUUAUCCAGAAGUUGCUGAGUAACAAAAGUCCCGAGGAGUUGGAGGCUCUCGCCGAGGAGAAAACGCAGGGAGGCACCCCUCUCCUCAUUGCCUCUCGAUACGGACACUUAGAGGUUGCCGACUAUUUGCUUGAAAAUUGUAAAGCUAACGUGGAACUAGGAGGCUCGGUGAACUUUGACGGCGAGACGAUUGAAGGGGCUCCCCCGCUAUGGGCGGCAUCAGCGGCUGGUCACCUCCCUGUCGUCCGCACACUCCUUAAACACGGUGCCUCUGUCAACAACACUACGCUGACCAACUCAACGCCCCUCCGCGCUGCCUGCUUCGAUGGUCACCUGGAGAUUGUCCGCUACCUGGUGGAACACCGAGCUGAUAUGGAGGUAGCCAACCGCCACGGCCACACCUGCCUGAUGAUCUCCUGCUACAAGGGCCACAAAGAGAUAGCCAAGUUCCUCUUGGAGCGGGGGGCCGAUGUCAACCGCAAGAGUGUGAAAGGCAACACUGCACUCCACGACUGUGCAGAGUCCGGUAGCCUGGACAUCAUGAAGAUGCUGCUGAAAUGCAAUGCCCGCAUGGAGAGGGAUGGAUACGGCAUGACCCCUCUUCUAGCUGCCAGCGUCACGGGGCACACCAACAUCGUGGAGUACCUCGCCCACCAGCCCCACUCCUCGCGAGAAGAACGCGUUGAUGCUCUCGAACUCCUGGGGGCCACCUUUGUGGAUAAGAAGAGAGACCUCCUGGGGGCCAUGAGAUACUGGAGGAGAGCCAUGGAGCUGAGACAACCAGCUGACAAGCUAGGACUCCUGGCCAAGCCCCCUCCAGGUACCCCUGUCCCUGCCUAUGACUGUGCCCGUGAGGUGAGCACGACAGAGGAGCUGGAGGCUCUGAUCACAGACCCCGAUGAGAUGCGGAUGCAGGCCCUGCUGGUACGUGAGAGAAUUCUGGGGCCCUCGCACCCCGACACCUCCUACUACAUCCGCUACAGAGGGGCCGUCUACGCCGACUCAGGCAACUUUGAGCGCUGCAUCAGCCUGUGGAAGUAUGCCCUGGACAUGCAGCAGAGUAACCUGGACCCCCUCAGCCCCAUGACAGCCAGCAGCUUCUUGUCCUUCGCCGAGCUCUUCUCCUUCGUGCUGCAGGACCGGGCCAAGGGCACCCUGGCAACGCGAGUCACCUUCCACGACCUGAUGGGGGUGUUGGGGAAGAGUGUGAGGGAGGUGGAGAGGGCUGUGGCCCAGAGGGACAGCCCCCCCGAAGCCCCCCAGUUCACCAAGGCCCUGUCCAUCAUCCUCCACCUGGUGUUCCUGCUGGAGAAACUGGAGUGCACUGCAGAGCAGGAGCACCUGAAGAAGCAGACGGUGUACCGCCUCCUGAAGCUGAACCCGCGGGCGAGGAGAUGCUUCACCCCCCUGCAUAUGGCCGUGGACAAGGACACCACGUCGGUGGGCCGCUACCCUGUAGGUCGCUUCCCCUCCCAGACUGUGGCCUCGCUGCUGCUGGAGUGUGGGGCGGACGUGGACUCACGGGACUGUGAUAACAACACGCCCCUGCACAUCGCCGCCAGCAACGGUUGCCCGGAGAUCAUGGCGUUGCUGGUGAGGGCGGGGGCACACUUCGACGCCACCAACUCCCAGAGGAAGACCGCAUACAACCUGCUGGACGAACAGAGCAACGGGCACCCGGCCCUCUUCCCCCUCAACUACGUCACUCUGCAGUGCCUGGCGGCACGUGCCAUUGAGAGGCACAGACUGCCCUACAAGGGCCUCAUCUCUGAGGAGAUGGAGGUGUUUAUUGAGCUGCACUGAAACACCCCUCUUUGCUAAAUAUCCCCACCCUAUCCCCAUCAUUGCCCCAGACGCCUUUUAAACCAUUCAACAAUGACCCCCAUCAUCUUCACCCCACUUCACCCAUGUCCCCAUGACUCACCUUACCCAAGCCCACCUCCCUUCCCUAUGGUUAUUCUUCUCUGUGCCUCUCCAAACUCCAGACUGUGAGCUCUGUCUCAGAUUCAGACCAAAUCACAGCAAUAAACCUCCCGGCCACUAAACAUUAUACUGACAACAGACUGGGAGCAUCUUAAUUGUGGCUACAUGCUCUCUUUAGAUGACCUAUGAUUAACACAUGGACACAUUCUAAGUGCUAGGUUGCUAUUUGUUUGCAGGUGGGGGGGAACCUUGACUUGAUUUUAGGCUUUUAUGCUUUCUGUUUGACAUUUUUCGUCUGUUUUUGUCAGUAAGAUGGAGGACUGCUCACAGAAAGGACAGUAUGGCGGUGCCUGUAUGUAUUGGGUGCUGGCUUGUUUUUAGGUGGGAAUGGAAGCUGUAUUACUUGAUAGGACAUGAUCAAAUAUUGCAUGACAUGAGCCUUAAAGAGUGAAUAGGAUAGCUUGUUUGUUAAAUCUGUCUGGUUUUGCAAGUUUAUCGAGAAGCAUCCUUUGAACAAAGUACACACGCUUGGCUGCUUGGUAUCAAUGUAUUUUUAUCCUCAAUUGAGCAUUAUUUAAUCCCCUGCCAUUGACUUUGACAUUUUAAGGAGUGUUUGAAAACCAUUUUAUGCCAAAACUCUAGCCUUAUAUCGGUUCUAAAUGUGUGAUCUUACAGGUUAGCCUUAUCUUACUGAACUAGCUUACUACGAAUGGAGCACCUAACAGCUGUGGUGUGCAGACUAGCAUGGGAACUCUCAUCAGAAUACAGUGUUCUAGCCUACAUUUCUUUAGCUCUGUCUAGACUGUGCAAUGUGUUUUACAGCGUGGUCAAUCUCUGGAAGUCUCCCUCUGGACAGCUUGGAUACUGUGAGAAAGGAGAGAUGGAGAUUUCUCUCCAUCUCCUCCUGAGUGAAUGUUUAUGGACUGUUGAUCCCAGUAUCAGGUCAUCUAUUCAAGCCUAGCUAUCUACAGUCACUCGUUGUUGAUAUCAAAACCCAGAGUUGUUACUAUGAACCACAGAUGCAGGUGAGGAGGAUGGGAAUGGAUCACACACUGCAUCUUUGUCUUAUUCUUUUUUCUUUUUUUUUGGACAGUCAGUUUUGCGUUCUUGUUUUUAUCAUACAUGCUUUCAUUAGUUUCUGUUUGUCCCCAUGUAAAAACCCACCUGAUUGAAUGCACUUUGAAAAAACGAACCCCUAAAGGGUAACUUUACAACAUCUGGGCUAUGGACUCUGAGCCUUUCUCUCUCAACAACUGAUUUAUUCAUUGAGCUGAUGGUAACUUCAAAACAAAACUGUGUUGAGAUACUUGAAUAAAAUUCAGUAUCCCUGCA